UAUGGUUUCGAGCACCUCCACCAAUACCCUCUCCUCAACCUUUCCCUUCUCAUUUCACCUCGUCCUCUUCCUCAUCUCCCAUUCCCCAACCCCCCAAUUCCCCACAAUUUCUCGAUCCAAUCGAUCGAGAUCGGCCUGUUUAGAGACCAAAUCUCGGUCGAUUCGUCCCCAAACCCACCAAUUUCUCCCCAGUUCCAUGAAUUUUUGAUCGAUUUUGGAGGAGGCUUCGCCCCUGUACGUGAUUCCUCUUCGUUUUCAUCUCGAUAUUUUUUGGGUUUUUCUUUCUUUUUUCCAUAAAAAAGCUCUCAUUUUUCUAAUUUUUUAGCUCAAAUCCUUGGUGGGUUCUCGAUUUCUCUUCGUUUAAUGGCGAAAAAUCUCACCGUUUUCGAUUCUUAAACCUCCUCUCCUCAUUUUAUCUUCGCCCUCGCGAAACCCUCCUCUUUUCCCCCUUUUUACCUCGUUAUAUUUCUAUAAUAUUCCUUUUAAUUUCAUCUAUCUUUGUAUUUUUACCUUUUGAUUCAUCUCUAAAUCAGAAAAAAGGUGAACAAAUUUAAAAAAAUGGCAGGGGAAAGGUGUAAUCUUGAUAAAGAUGAGGCCGAGAUCUUGAAACCUUCAUCCUCUUCUUCUCCCUCUUCCUCUUCUUCUUCACCACCACCAUCAUCAUCAUCAUCUUCUCCUCCUCUCUUCUUGAAGCCUCCCCAGGAAUCCCCAGCUCAGCGGCCGGAGGCUUUGGCCACCGCCACCGCCGCCUCCGCAGCUGCCACCGAAGCCGUAGCAGCCGCUGUUUCCGCUGCCGCUGCAGCUCCGAAGCCCGAUGAAUUGCGGCUUCCGGCGGCGGCCCGAUCCAUCAGCAGGUGCUCCACCUGCAAGAAGAGGGUGGGGCUCACCGGGUUCCGGUGCCGGUGCGGCGAAUUGUUCUGCGGCCGCCACCGCUAUUCGGACACCCACGAUUGCUCCUUCGAUUAUAAGGCCCUCGGAAGGGAGGAGAUCAUCAAGAAUAACCCUGUUGUUAGGGCUUCUAAGAUCAUCAAGAUCUAAGGUCUUUUUGGAUUCUUUCGGGCUCUGCUCGAAUGAUUUAGUUUGGUUCUAAGGAGCACUAAUUGAAUUGUGUUUAAUCUAUUUUUAAGUUAUAGUGGACCUUUAUGUUGUAAUUUUUAGCUUUUAAAGUGCUUUGCUUAUGCUUGAUGCUUAAUUAUGAUAGUUCAUAUAAAAUUUCAUGGUAUUAAGAUGGCGUAGUUGUCGGGAUAAUUUAGCUAGGUCUUUUGUAUUUUUAGCUUUGCUUGAAUCAUUUAGUGUGGUUCUGUGGAGCUCCAACUGAAUUGAGUUAUCUAUUUUUGAGUUGUUAGUUGAUCUUUA